UUAUUAUCUAUAUUAGAAAAUUCUUUCAUGCUAUUUCCGAAUGUUAAAUUAGGCUGAAGAGAAUUUACAAAAUCAUGUUUUCUACACUAAUACAACUACAACCCAAAUUUAAAAUUAUAUAUCUAAAUAAACACCCUGAGCUUCGUAAAUUCUCAUUUAAAAUUACGCAGUUUUCCCGCCAAGGUAUUUAACCCUCAUUAAUUGAAAACCUGUUACCCCGUAAUUAUAAAAAUGAAAGUCAGGCAAAAGCUUCGCCAAGCAAUUGAUUCGUUAUACGCCGGUGGCCAAGCGACGGCUGAAGCCUACACGCCGCUCGUGCUCGAAUGCGUUCGAGUCAACGAUGUUGGUCAAGCCAAGAGAUUGCAAUCUCACAUGGAUCUUCACUGUUUUACACCCAAUGAUACGUUUCUACAUAACCGUCUUCUCCACACGUAUGCCAGAUUAGGGAAAAUUUCAGAUGCCCGAAACCUGUUCGAUAAAAUGCCCCAAAGAGAUAUUAUCUCCUGGAACACAAUUCUUUCUGUAUAUGCCAAAUCAGGGUCUGUUGAGAAUUUGAGAGCACUGUUCUAUAAAAUGCCUUUUCGUGAUUCUGUUUCUUAUAAUACUGUGAUUGCGGGCUUGGCUGGAAGCGGGUUUUCCAGUCAGGCGCUUGAGGUUUUUUUGAGGAUGAACAGAGAGGGAUUUGAGCCAACAGAAUAUACUCAUGUGAGUUUGUUGAAUGCGUGUUCAAGGUUAUUAGAUUUAAGGAAAGGGAAACAGAUUCAUGGUAGGAUAUGCGUUGGUGUUUUGGGGAGGAAUGUUUUUGUUUGGAAUGCUUUGACUGAUAUGUAUGCUAAGUGUGGCGAGAUUGAUAAAGCACGGUGGCUGUUUGAUAGAACAGAUAAUAAAAAUGUAGUUUCAUGGAAUUCAUUGAUUGCUGGUUAUUUGAAAAACGGCCAACCUAAAAAAUGUAUUGAUUUGUUUCAGGAGAUGCAACUAGGUGGUUUCAAACCUGAUGAUGUCACAGUCUCGAAUGUUCUCGGUGCUUAUUUUCAAAGCGGAUUGGUAGAUGAAGCAAUUGAGGUUUUUAACUUGAUUAAGAACAAGGAUAAAGUAUCUUGGACAACAAUGAUUGUUGGUUAUGUUCAGAAUGGAAAGGAAGAAGAUGCUCUGAAUUUAUUUGCCAAGAUGUUAGCAGAAGGUGUCAAGCCAGACAGUUUUACGAUCUCCAGUGUGAUUAGUUCCUGUGCAAAAUUAGCCUAUUUGUGUAAUGGUCAGGUUGUCCAUGGGAAAGCCAUUCUUUUGGGAGUUGAUAAUGAUUUGCUUGUGUCUAGUGCUCUCGUUGAUAUGUAUUGCAAAUGUGGAAUCACUAAGGAAGCCUGGAUUGUUUUCGAUAUGAUGCCAUCCAGAAAUGUAGUUUCUUGGAAUGUCAUGAUUAGGGGUUAUGCACAGAAUGGACAGGAUUUGGAAGCAUUGGUCCUUUAUGAAAAAUUGUUGCAACAAAAGUUGAAACCUGAUAGUAUUACGUUUGUGGCUGUUCUAUCUGCUUGUAACCAUGCAGGUUUAAUUGAAGAAGGACGCAUAUAUUUUGAUUCUAUCAGUAAACGGUAUGCAUUAGUACCCACUUUGGAUCACUAUGCAUGCAUGAUCAAUCUCCUUGGCCGUUCAGGUUGCAUGACCGAAGCAAUAGAUCUAGUUAACAAUAUGCCCCAUGAGCCAAAUUCCUUAAUCUGGUCAACCCUUCUCUCUGUCUGUGCAAUAAAGGGUGACAUUGAAAAUGGGGAGAUGGCUGCUAAGCGUCUUUUUGAAUUGGAACCCCUUAAUGCAGGACCUUAUAUCAUGCUUUCUAACAUGUAUGCCACCUGUGGAAGAUGGGAAGAUGUGGCAUCUGUGAGAUCUCUCAUGAAAAGUAAGAAUGUCAAGAAGUUCGCUGCUUACAGUUGGAUUGAGAUUGAUAAUGAAGUUCACAAGUUUGUAGCAGAAGAUGCAACUCAUCCCCAAACAGAAAUCAUAUACGAAGAACUUGGCAGACUGAUUAAGAAAUUGCAGGAAGCUGGGUUUAUGCCUGAUACAAAGCUGGUUCUUCAUAAUGUGGAGGAGGAGGAAAAGUUUGCAUCCAUUUGUUACCAUAGUGAGAAACUUGCUCUUGCAUAUGGAUUGAUUAAAAAUCCCCAUGCAACAACACCGAUUAGGAUUAUGAAGAACAUUCGUGUUUGUGGCGAUUGCCAUAUGUUUAUGAAGCUCGUGUCUAAAGUUAUUGGGAGGCCAAUCAUCUUGAGAGAUUCAAACAGAUUCCAUCAUUUUGUUGGUGGGAGUUGCUCCUGCAAGGAUUACUGGUAAUAAGCAAUCCAGGGAGAUUAGGAAAAGAAUAGACUCAUUGUCUUACUCAUUAUAUCUGGAAGAUAGCAACAGCCAACAUUGAGAACAAGAACAAAAAUGAUGGCUCUAAGUGCUCUUAAUUACUCAAAUGCCUUCUAGUCUUUUGCAUUUUCAGGCAAGGUAGACUAGCAAGGGAACAUGCUGAGGAUUGAACAAAGGAUGCAGAGAUCUUUUGGUGUAUGGAAAAUUUUAACAGAUUCUGAUCAAGUUAUGAUGGGCCUCUAAAAGUAUUUUGGGAUGCAUUUUAUACACAUUCCACAUGAAAGCAUGGAUUGGAUUUGCCUGUUUUGGCAGCGCACUAGUGAACCAAGUCCCAACUACGAAGUCUCUGAAAUCAGUUAACUUUAGGUACAUUUUCGAGUAUUUGAAAUAUUUUUUAUGGCCUCUGAAAACUCGCAUUCGUAGGCAAUGUGUAAUUGCGCUACUAAAGUCUUGUAUUCUUAUUAUCUUGACUGUUGAAUAGCAAUGGUUUUUCCAAUUUGAUGCCAUACUGAGUAGAGCUGUUGUGUUGUUUAGUAAGUACUGACAUAGCUUUGGGCUCUUGAAUCACAAUAAAUGUAGUUUUCUUAA